UGUGCCCCGAGAUUAAGAGGAUUUUAGUGGAAAUGACAGCUCACAGGAUGAGAGAAACCUUUUGGUGGCACGACUGGACACAUUCCAUCCCUUCCUGCAUGGAUCUGCAACUGAUGGCCGACCGACGCCUAAGGCUAAGCGAUUGAUUCGAUCCCCGCCCAGCCUUGUAUUUUAUAGGCUCAUCUUGCUGCUGGAUUGAAUGGACUGCACGAUGACCACCACUGAACAUCCUGGGCCUCAUUCGACAGGGCACAACGACUAUGGCUACGCUGAGACUGGCGGGCCCCACGCAGCGCCCUCGUCGCCUCUGAAUCCUCCAAUCGCCCCUCUGGAAGACGAGGAUGGAGAAGAACCAGAAGACUUUGUAACCGACACUGAGUCGCUGCGCAGUCGGAGUGAUUACGAUGAGGAUUUCAUGGAAACCUACUCCCUCUCCUCCAGUAUCCUCGACUACCAAUAUGAGAAUGGCCGCCGAUAUGCAAGCUUCCGCUCGGGACACUACAUGAUGCCCAAUGAUGAAGAGGAACAAGAAAGACUGGACUUGACCCAUCAUAUCUACCUGAUGCUGAUGGGGGGCGAGCUAUACAACGCGCCCAUCAAGAAUCCUCAAAAGGUGCUCGACCUCGGCACUGGGACCGGCAACUGGGCCAUCGACUUUGCUGAUUCCCAUCCAGGCGCCAUGGUGGUUGGCAACGACCUCAGUCCCAUCCAGCCCUCGUGGGUGCCUCCCAACGUCGACUUUUUCGUCGACGACUACGAAGCCGACUGGCUCGAGAAAUUGAACGCCUACGACUUCAUCCACUCGCGCAACCUGGCCGGGUACGAUCCUUACCCCCGCCCCCCUCUCCAUCUUCCCCACCCCUACUCACAUCCCAGCGCCCACACAAUUAACCCAGCUAGAUGCGUCAUGGACUGGCACCGCCUCAUCCGCCAGGCCUACGACCACCUUAAACCCGGCGGGUAUCUGGAACUCCAAGAAAGCGCCGUGUGGGCGUGGAGCGACGACGGGACCCUCACAAUGGACUCCCCGCUGAUGGAAUACCUGAUGGCGCUGAACGACGCAGGGCACAUGAUCGGGCGGGAGCUGAACAUCUACAUCGACCUGAAGCCCUGGCUGCUGGCGCACGGCUUUGAGGACGUGCACGAGCAGACCUACAUCCUGCCCUUUUCGCCGUGGCCACAGGAUCCCCGGCUGCGCGAGAUCGGGCGGGUGCAGGCGGCGAUGGUGGAGAAGGCUGUGGAGGCGUACGGGUUGCGGCUGUGUACGCAGGUGCUGGGCUGGAGUCAGGACCGCACGCGGAUUAUGCAGAGUCUGGUGCGGCAGCAGCUGAAGGAUCGCUCGCAGCACUCGUAUACUAAGAUUAAGGUUGUGUAUGGCCGGAAGCCUCUGAUAUAGUCAAGGAACUGUCAAUACACGUUUCUCCUGGUCUGGAGAAAUGGUUCAUCAUAGCGCUACCAUGCUACGGAGAAGGAGAUGAUUGGUCUGCUGCUGCUGCUGCUACUACUACAAUGU